AUGUUCAGCGAAUCAUUCAAUAACUAUCCUCAUAAUAAAAUUCAAGCAUGGAAAGAGCUAAAUCAAAAGAUUUCUUAGCAAAUUAAUAUAAUGCUAAAGAAAAAGAUUACAGAAUAGAAAGAGGAAGCACAUGCUUAACUAUUGGAAGAACGAAAAUAAAGAGAGGAAAUUCAUGGACAAGAAGAUUAAAAAUUAAAUUAUGUUGUUUUUUCAACUGCAAAGAGAAGAUCAGUAUCAACUGAUGAUCUAAAAAUGACAUAAAUUAUGAACAAAUUUUAGUAUAAUUUAAACUAAGCUCCUAAAAAAAGUAUCCUUAAAUUGCAUUCAUCAUACAAGCAAAAUGAUGACAAUAUAGUCAAAACUGAUAGGUCUUCUAUACUUUUAAGAUAUAAUAGUGUAUAAAAAAAUAAAGAUAACUGCAGCGUAGAUGAUUUUAGCUAAAGCUAAACUUAGCAUUAAACUCCUGAAAAUUAAAAUAAAUUAAUUAAUAAUACUUAGCCCUCUUAGAAUAUAUAUUUUAUGAAUAGGCCUUCUUCCAGUAGUGAAAGAAAGUUCAAAAAGAAGGUUUAGUUCUCUGAUACCAUUCGUAAACUCAAGCUAAUGUAUGAAGAUUAAAAUGAAAAUAACAGUUCAAAAUCUUAAAUAAUUUAUCCAAAUAAAAUAAUUUCCUAAGCUAAUCAGCAUGAUUAGUAGCAGAAUAUCUUUUAAAAUCAAAUGCAAAUUAAAUAGCAAGUAUAACAAUAAAAUUACCAAAAAUAAAAUUAAUAAAAUGAAUUGAGACCUUUCACAAUUCAAUCUUACAGAUCAUCUCUCUCUACUAAAUUAUUUCUGAACUAAUCAAGUCAAGCUUAAAUUCAAAAAUAGUAACACAGAGAGGAGGAAACAGUUAGUAAAAACUAACUCAAUGAAAAAAUUUAAAUAAUGGAUAUUAAUUUUAGAGAAAGAUUGUAAAAAAAAUUAAAUUAAGCCUUAAAAAAGAAAGAGGAGCUUAAGCAGCUGCAGUAAGCAAUGUACUAACCACUUUAAAUUUAAAGUAUAAAUGCUAAAUAAGGAAAUUAAGCACCCGUACAAUACAUAAUAAAGUUACCUUCAAAAAAAAUAAAUUAUUUAAUCUAAUCUUGA